CUUAGAUAAGUGUUUUGUAAAUGUAAUCAUUGUGUAGCACGCCAGUGUUGCGUGUAUAUACUCGUAUCACAAUGUCAUUAUGGCAUGCAACAGCAUUGAUUUUGUUUCUGUACAUAUAUUUCUCGUAUACUGGGGGACAGUUUCUCACAUCGCAGCAACCGUAUGCUAUUCGAGGUGAAACAUUUACGUGGGUGUGUGACAUACGAGGACAACAAAAUCCAGAAAAUGUUGUGUUUAUAAAAUUCAGAAGUCGUAGAUCUGACACCCUUUCCAUUUGUACAGUUAAGAUUAAUGAGUGUUCGUCCAGACGUUCAAGAUAUUCAAGAUAUAAUUGUGGUUGUAUCAAUAACGAUACCUCAUCUCUGUACCUGACUUUAACUAAUAUACAGGCUGACGAUGAGGGAAAGUGGGCCUGUAAACAAUCCAGCAAUACAGUUUACCCUGUCUACCUUCCUGUCUACUAUGGACCUGAAAAUGUGAGAUUUCGUUACAACACACGAGAUGGGUUGGGUUUUACAGAAGGUGAAGAUUCCACUCUGACCUGUAAUGCUGACUGUGAGCCACAGUGUAACAUACGGUUGUAUAAUAAGACUAUUAACACAAGUGAACCGUCAUCUGUUAAUAAAAACCAACUGUUAUCAUCUAAUGGUUCACUGUCAUUAGUUAAUAUUAGUAGAGAUAUUAACGGUUCCGCUAUAAUUUGUCAAGCAGUACACCCCAAUUUUAGCGGAACGUCGGUCACGGCGGAGAUCAAGUUAAAGGUUUAUUAUGUCGCCAGAAAUAUCGUAUUUAGCACGACAGAUAAUGAAACAGUUAUUGAAGGCCAGGACGUUAACAUAACAUGUUACUCAUCUGAUGGCUGUUAUCCACCUUGUACCUUUAUAUGGCAUCAUGACUCUCCAUAUAGCUAUUAUUACAAUUAUCACAGACACAGAAGUAAUUCUGAUAUUGCAAUAUUAAGUAUGAAAAGGGUUAACAGAGAGAGAAGCGGUGUAUACAAGUGUGAAGCACGUCAAUCUCAACGUCCAGGACUACACAAAUAUAGAGAACUGACACUAACAGUCUACUAUCCACCAAAGAUCGAAUAUCUUAAAUCUGACGCCCCUAACGAAAUCGACGAGGGAUCUAGUGUUACUUUGUUCUGUUCCGUGGACAGUGUUCCAGAUUCGAGUAUUUCCUGGUCCAGAUCAAAGGAAAGUCAACUCCCAACAACUGGUUCGAAGUUGUUCAUACCCAUUGCAACAUGUGGACAUGCAGAUGAUUAUACAUGUACGGCUGAUAAUGGUGUUGGGCAGCCCAGCACCAAAACCAUCUCUGUAUAUGUGCGAUGUCUUCCAAGAAUUGACCAAAACCAAACCACAAACGGUAAAGGGGUUCCAGUUAUUGUUGGCGAUGAUAAGACGGCUGUGUUAACUAUACAUGUUAUAGCGUACCCCCUACCUACAUUUAAAUGGUAUCGUCUGUAUUCUACUGGAAUAGAGAAACCACUAACUGAUUUCUCUAUUAAACAAACUGAUACGCUGUUGUCAUCGACACUAACCAUAGAAGACUUUACAGUUGAAGACAAUGGUUAUUAUAAAGUGUACGUUGAGAAUUCUAUUGGUGUUCGAUCACAUGUCUUCUUGGUAUCUUACAAACCAAUCAUAUAAAAUAUAGAUAUUUUGUACGUUCCCAUUUCUAUUUGGACGAAGAUUUAUCAGCUUCUUUAUUAAUUCCCCUUUCCUUUUGAAGUUUAUCUUUAGAUACUAGAUUAUUUUUGAACCAUUUUCACCCAAGCCUAAACAUCUCCUGUUUGACUGGAUUAGAGGUCAUGUCGGGUCAACUGAAUACGACUUCAUAAAGAUGUUGUUAGACUAGUUUUGACCUUUCUGUAGUAUUGUUAGUAUAAACAGGAACAGGAAACCGAAACGAAAGUAGGGUAUAAUUUAAUAGAGAGAGGGGUGGGGGGAGGAUCGGGUUGAACGUCCACUCGACACAAACUGUGUCAUUUCGGGACUAACAUAUGAUUCAAUAUUUCAAUAAUUCGCUUGCGCGUGGGGGUCUUUAGGAGUGGGGGAAAUUGGAGGACCCGGAGAAAACCCACGAGGUUGGACAGGCGACUCUAUUCCUGGUCAUGUACAAGCUGGGAAUCGAAACCACACCACUUGACUCAAUGACAGACCUUCUGAUCCAACGCAUUCGCGUUAAGCAGUUAGACCCCCCCCCCCCUUACCUAUAAAUUAAUAAAGACAAGUAACGGUAAAGGUAAAGAUUGGUCUCAUUCGGGCUGGUACAUGGUUUACCUUGGGUCUUUGUACAUGUAAAUUGCAUAUCUUUUUGGGUCCCACAUAUAAUAACCGUCCAAUUGGUUAUUUAGUAUAAUAAAUCGUUGAAUUGGGAUCGUGCUUCUUGUGCAUUUUUUUUCAAAAUUUACUUAUUAUUUUAGUACUGUGUUGAAUCAUUAUAUCUAUAUCAUGUAAUCCUACCAUUGUACUCCAAGGCUUAUUUUGUAACUGCAAGUUACCGAUUUAAACGGAGCACCGAGUCAAACUAACCUCUUUUCUUGCCUUUAGGUUUCUUGUGAACCCUGAUCGGUUACGUGUCUAUUUCUCAUUUGUUUACGUUACUAGUUUAUACUUAUAGCAGGUGAUUGAUAUAUUCCGUUGCUUGACGUUUUUUUUUAUUGUCUUCCGAAUGUUUAUUAUUAGUAUAAAUAUGUAAUUUUAUUUUUCAUAAUUUGUUUUCAUUAGUAUUAGAUUUACAGAUGGAGUACUGUAUUGCAUACUAUAUGUGGCCUACCGUUACUCUUGUAAAAUGUCAAAAAUUGAUUCUAUGUGAAACAAAGAACCAAAAUAAAUUACGUAAUUGAUGUCGAAUCAAACGUCGACCUUAGAAGGUUUACGGUAGCGUAGGCCUAAUGCUACUUCAUUAUUGGGUUUCAUUUUAGAAUGUUCACUUACCAUUGUCUGCACAUUGUCUUUCGCUGCCUUACGAUUUGGUACGUACAGUAUUUUUCUAACCAUAUAAGCCGAUGUAAUAAAUAAACAAUAUGUUUUUAUAGUCUACAA